AUGAGCCGCACCGCCUAUGCUGUGGGAGCCCUGUUUCUUCUCCUGGGGACGCUGCUGCCAGCCGCCGAAGGGAAAAAGAAGGGGUCUCAAGGGGCCAUCCCCCCCCCAGACAAGGCCCAGCACAAUGACUCGGAGCAGACUCAGUCGCCCCAGCAGCCGGGCUCCAGGAACCGGGGGCGGGGCCAGGGCCGGGGCACCGCCAUGCCGGGGGAGGAGGUCCUGGAGUCCAGCCAGGAGGCCCUGCAUGUGACCGAGCGCAAGUACCUGAAGCGAGACUGGUGCAAAACGCAGCCGCUGAAGCAGACCAUCCACGAGGAGGGCUGCAGCAGCCGCACCAUCAUCAACCGCUUCUGCUACGGCCAGUGCAACUCCUUCUACAUCCCGCGGCACAUCCGUAAGGAGGAAGGCUCCUUCCAGUCCUGCUCCUUCUGCAAGCCCAAGAAAUUCACCACCAUGAUGGUCACGCUCAACUGCCCCCAACUCCAGCCGCCCACCAAGAAGAAGAGGGUCACCCGGGUCAAGCAGUGCCGCUGCAUCUCCAUCGAUUUGGAUUAAGCUGCCACGCCCCGCCUGCCCGAGCGAUGCAGCCCCAGGCGGCCUCCAAGCCAGACCCACCACAACUUGAUUUUCACUUGGCUUAAACCUAAGGGCACGAAGAACCACCAGCUGCCUCUUGGCAGGAGCCUGCUUGUCUGUAGUUGCGUUGCAUGAGGGUGUAUGGGUGCCUGUGGGGGUUCAGAGACACCAGGAAGACAGAAAGAAUUAAAACUAAGCAUCCUUUCCUGGAGGGCACUUCUAAGGACACCAAGGAUCUGCUUCCACCAGGCUGGGUGCAGACACUGAAGCCCAAACUGCUCGGAGGCACAGGCACGGCAGGUGGAGCACCAUCUCCCUGGGCCUGGGUCUCCCCGCAGGGGGCCAGCCUCUCCUUCCCGAAGGCACCAUUGGAGCAGGCUAUGCUGGGGCCAGGGACCUGCUUUAGAAGUGCUGUUCACCGCUGUGCUCUCUUCUCCCUUCCUCACUCUGUUCCGACUUGGGUUAUGAAUGGACUGGGGUGUGGAUGUGUGUUCCAUUGUGAAGAUCUUCCAGACCUUGGGGAAGGCGGCCGGAGGAGGAGAGGGAAGCCGAGGAGGGAAGGGAUUGAGAGUGAUCUUGAGUUGAGCCCAAACGUGGGUCAGCAGGGAGACCCAGGGUGAAGCCAAAGUUGUUUCUCUGUUUUGUUUUAUUUCGCCUUUUUAUCUUUCAGUCUUUAGCAGAGCCCAGGAGAAAUGAAAGUACCCCCAAAUCAUAAACCUUGGCUAACAUUGUCUACUAAGACAAACGGUAACCCACCCACCCCAAACAUAAGGUAUAAUAAGCAUUGGCCACUCCUAUUUUUAGAAACAAGUAAAGAAGUCAAACCUAAUGGCUCCUCGGGUGGGCAAGAGUUAGAGCUCAGAACCCCCAAAGACACAAUCCUAUUAGACUGAAGGUCCUUAUAGCUUUCCGUCCUCUUGGGUAAAAUCACCUCUUUCCCAUGUCAUGAAUCUGCAUAAUGUUUCUGAGAGCCAUGACCUUGUCUCCUAGAGGCGCUACCUCUUGUGAGUAUCCCUGAUCGAAAAGAAACCAUCUGCGUUGACAGAGUCCAGGUCUUGUCCCGUGAUGUUUCGUAACUUCCAGCUUUAGUGGAGAGAGAACCAGACGUAAGAGGACCGUAAGGAAAUGACCACUGCAGCGAAUGAGUUGCAGUGGAAUGGAUUCUGAUUCAGAGACCUCAUACGUCAGGGUAGAACUGUCCCAUAGUGCUUCCAACAGCUUAUGCUUUCAGACCUAGAGUGCCAGGCCUUUCUUCUGAGGCCCCUCUAGGGGGACCAGCACCUCCAACUUUGUGGUGAGCAGAUACGUUUAUUAACCAUUGGUACUCUCUGGGGACUCUGUCGAAGGAGUAUAGUUAGUUCGUAAUAACCAGGAGGAGAUGUAGGGGAUGUUCCAAUGCCUCUACAAGCUGGCCGCUCAGGAGGAUUAAUUGCCCUCUUCGUGGGAUUUGCAUAAUUUUGUGACUCUUCAGUGUCUCCUGAGAGGCACUUGCCUCUGAUUCGACUUGGGCAACUGAGGAUUUACCCAAUGUCCAAAGCCAAGAUGAGUCACCAACCUUACUGCCCUCUAGAUUUGGCUAGCCUCUCCUGAUCCAGUCCGAGUUAGGUGUACCUCCCACAGCUACUCUUGUUGCCCUGUCUCUUCACACCCCCCUUGCUGUCCCAGUCGUGAGUCAAAUGGGAAACAAACACCGUGGACCUGAGUGCAGUUGCCUCUCGUGGGCACCACUGUCCAAGGCUCAUUGAAAUGAAGACGCUGUUUUCAUUUUGUUCCCAUAGUGCUUUCCCAUCUAGCAACUAAACAGGAGCCAUGCUUUGAGGCCCAGGGGCUGAAUCUAAUGUUGAACUUCUGAGUACUCACAAGGGAUGGUUCUAGAUCAGGCACAUGUAUGCUAACACUUGAGUCUGUGUGUCUUGUCUACCCCUGUGUGCCCCUGUCAUUGCCCCCAAAUCGAUGUAUCCUCCACAUCCCCCCACUGGAAAGCAGAGCAUGGAUUUAAUUAAGCACACAAAGGCUAAGCUGGGAAUUGCGAGAGUUGGGGAGAGGGAGUGAGCUGAACAUACAAAACCACACCAGAGAGGAGAGAUGCCACUCGGCACCGGCAGACGCUACGUGUCUCUUGUUGUUGUCACUCUGCCACAAGCAGGCGAGCUUGUUGAAGAGAUGACUGAAGCUGGCAGCAGGGUUCUUCUGUUAGCAGCUGGUACCACAGUCUUGCGUGUAAGUCAGAUUUGGCUCGAGUAAAGAGAAUUGCCUCAAAAUUAACUUUACGGAGAUAAUCAGCAGUGUUACUGCCCUAAAGCACAGCUCUUGCCAAAGAGACAAACGCCUGCUUUGCUUACUGUGCCUAUAUCCAGACUAGCACAAGGAUGGUGUGUCUUCUAACAUUUAUUGAAAAUGCCAUAUUUGUUACAUAUUGUAUUGGAGUCACCGAUGAUGUAAGGAUAGAUAGAUAUAUAUUUCUCAUUAUUAUAGUAGAAUAUUUUUUUAUGGCAAGAUAUUCGUGAUCUCAAUCUUUCCUGUUAAAAUGAUGCCAAACACCAGAUAUGAAUUUUACGAUGUACACUUUGGGCUUGGCAUUAAAAGAGAGAAACACAUGUUGUAAGCCUGUAAGUUGUUUCUUUGUUACUGUCGUUCUUGAAAGUUGAAAAUGUAAGCAAAAAAUCUGAAGGAAAGGAUAAUUUCCACUGUGUGGAAUGUGAAUAGUUAAAAAAAAAGUUAUGGUUAUUUAAUGUAAUUAUUCAAAGCGUUUGAUCACUGUGAUGUCAAGCAUUUUAUUUGAUCUCCUCUACCUAACUUCCUGGGAGUUGAGCAAGGAUGCUGGCCCCAGUGGGAGGGAAAGGCAGGAAGUACUGCUACUGUGAUUCCAGCUCCUCGGCGCCCAGGUUGAUUCCAAGUGAAACGUGUUAAGACAGGUGUCUGCCAUUCUGCGAUCGGUGGAUGGCUGCAGACAAGUUCUCUCGGUCACAGCAUCGUCCUAGUCUCCUGCGGAGGCUGGUAAACAAAAGGCCCUACCCCAACUGGCUUGGGAAGGAAUCUCUGGGCCAGUUAGAUAGGAGGCAGAGAAGCCAGCUCAGGAGCUUGUAGCCAUGGUUUGCGAGGGACCCCAAGGGGUGCUUUUGACUGGAUUUCUCAAAGGACAUGGGACAAUCAUGGGGGCUUAUUAGGAACGACUUUUAAGAAAAUUGAAAAUUGCAUCGGCGAGGCAAAGGCCAGGAAAGUUGCACAGAGGAAUUUCCGGCCUGCCAUCCUGACAGUGCACCUGUUCAUUGUUUGAGGCUAGCAAUGACGGGCCUGUGAGAGUUUCCUUGGGAAACCUUACUUCACCCACCCCUUCAGACUUCUUUUUGUUACUAAAACUCAAAGAACGUUCAAAAGGAACACAAUUAAGAGUCCCUCUGGGGUGCCCAAACUGCCAUUCUGAUGUAGUGUAAGUCAGAGAGGACGGCUGAGUCUGGAAAAGAUUAAGGAGAUGGAAACGCCGUCAGGAGUGCAUAGACCUGAGUGGAGGAUAGGUUGAGAAGUCAUCGCUUCACAUUUAGAUUUGUUGUUUAAUAAAAGUUUCUAUGAUUUUUGUAUCAAUACGAUUUUACUUAACCUCACAUGCUUUCAGAGGCUUUUAACCUGGGACUUCAGGUAAGGGAACAGUCCAUGUGGACAGUUUGUGUACUGAACUGUUUAUGAGCCGAACGUGUGUUACAGAGGGAAGACCUGAGUGUUUAAUCGAAUGUUCCUUAAAGGUUAACACAUCUAAAGAAACCUUAAGAAAACUGUUGAAAGCUAUUGGGAAGCAGUAUGAUGAGUGGACACAAAGAGCUUAUAAUAACACAUAGUUCACAGUUAAAGUCCUUUUAAGGAGACCUGGAAGGUGUAUGUGCAGAGCAUUUUUAAGUGAGCAGAUAAUACUUAAGAGUGAAAGUAGUUAUUGAUUUGUCAGUUCCGUGAGAUAUUUAAUAUCAACUGCACUGUGUAUUAUGCAUGCUUUAACCAUGUAAUAACGAAGGAUUGUUUAGACUAUGAGGUACCUGGCUUUGUAUAAAGUUUAGAGGGGAUUUGAUAGUCUCAUAAAAGCCCAUUUGGUUUAAAGUUUUAUACAUCUGUAACUAGAAUUUAUUUCUCACCUCAGUAACAUGCUGAAUAUUCUUUCCCAAAGAGCAGCCAAUAAAACAGACUCUUCUCUUUGUUUC